AUGAAGAACAUGGAAAGAGAACUGCUGUGCCCACUUUGCAAGGAAAUGUACAAACAGCCUUUGGUUUUGCCUUGCAUGCACAACGUCUGUCACAUCUGCGCCACCGAAGUCCUGCUGCAGCAGGGUUACAUCUGUGCAGACCCCACUUCGGAGCCAACGUCCCCGGCUUCCACCCCAGCCACCCGGAGCCCUCGUCUAGGCCGCCGGGUCGUGCCGAAACCAGAGCGCCUGGACAGGCUUCUCAAAUCAGGUUUCGGCACGUACCCCGGGCGGAAACGAGGCGGCAUCUUGCACCCCCAGAGUGUGCUCUUCCCGUGCCCGUUGUGCCAGCGAGACGUGGACCUGGGCGAGCGCGGUUUGAGCAGUCUUUUCCGGAACCUGACGCUGGAGCGUGUGGUUGAGCGUUACCGCCACACCAUCAACGUCAGCGCGGCCAUCAUGUGCCAGUUCUGCAAGCCACCGCAGCUGGAAGCCACCAAGGGCUGCACCGAGUGCCGAUCCAGCUUUUGCAAUGAGUGCUUCAAACUCUAUCACCCAUGGGGCACCCAGAAAGCACAGCACGAGCCCAUCCCUCCGACGCUCACUUUCCGGCCCAAGGGUCUGCUGUGCCCAGAACACCGAGAAGAAGUGACUCAUUAUUGCAAAACCUGCCAGCGUUUGGUGUGCCAGUUAUGUCGAGUUCGUCGCACGCACACGAGCCAUAAAAUCACACCUGUGCUCAGCGCCUACCAGGCGCUCAAGGAAAAGUUGACCAAAAGCCUUGCUUUCAUCCUGAGCAAUCAAGACACGGUGCAGGCUCAAAUCAACGAACUGGAAGAGACUCUUCGGCUCACAGAGGUGAACGGCACCCAGGCGAAGGAAGAGGUGACGCGGCUGAUGAACAGUUUGAGCAACCUGCUGGAAGACAAGCGAGCGGCUUUGCUCAGCGCUAUCGAGGAUUGUCGUCAAGACCGAGUCUCCAACCUGCAGGCCCAGCUUCAGGAGCAUCGGGCCAUGAUGGAGAAUUCGGGUAUGGUGGGCUACUCGCAGGAAGUCUUGAAGGAAACCGACCAGCCCUGCUUCGUCCAGGCCGCCAAACAGCUUCACCACAGGAUCCUCAGGGCGACCGAUUCGCUCCAGGCGUUCCGGCCAGCGGCCAGCGCCUCCUUCAGCCAUUUCCAGGUGGACGUGAGCCAAGAAGUGAAGCUACUUACGGACCUCACUUUUAUUAAAGCGCCGGAGGCCCCCGUGAUCGACACGCAGCGCACCUACGCCUACGAUCAGAUCUUCCUCUGCUGGCGUCUGCCGCAGCAUUCCCCGGCCGCCUGGCAUUACACGGUGGAGUUCCGGCGGGCUGAGCCCAAGGGCAAGGCCCUCAAGCUGUGGCAGCGGCGGGAAGAAGUGCGAGGCACCAGCGCCGUCGUGGAGUAUCUGGACACCGACAGCGUCUAUGUGCUGCGCGUCCGAGGUUACAACAAGGCCGGGUUUGGAGACUACAGCGAGGAAAUCUACUUGCGUACACCUCCUGCGCCCGUGCUGAAUUUCUUUCUGGACAAUCGGUGGGGGUUCAACCGAGAACGCUUGGCGAUCAGCAAGGAUCAGCGGGCGGUCCGCAGCGUCCCCGGUCUUCCCAUGCUGUUUGCCGCCGAGCGUUUGAUGACCAGCUGCCAUCUUUCAGUUGACCUGGUGAUCGGCGACGUGGCGGUCACCCAAGGACGCAGCUAUUGGGCCUGUUGUGUGGACCCCAGUUCUUACCUGGUCAAGGUGGGCGUGGGGCUGGAGAGCAAGCUGCAGGAGUGGUUCCAGGUGCCCCAAGACGUGGUGAGCCCCAGGUACGACCCGGACAGCGGGCACGACAGCGGUGCCGAAGACACCACCCUGGAGUCAUCGCCGCCCUUUGCCUUCCUGACCAUCGGCAUGGGCAAAAUCCUCCUGUCCCACGGGGUGUCCCUCACCUCCCGGGACCCCGGCAACUCCACCAUGCCCUUGCCCCCCCGGGUGGGCAUCUGUCUUGACUACGAACACAGCAAAGUGACGUUCUUUGACGCCGUCUCCUUCCGCAGCCUUUGGGAGUGUGGGGUAGAUUGCUCGGGGCCCGUCUGCCCGGCCUUCUGCUUCAUCGGUGGCGGCGCCCUGCACCUUCAGGAGCUGGUGGUCAACCGCCAGGAGCGGAAAGUCACCAUCAGCAGCUUCUCCAAGUUGGACUGAAGUGGUCGGUGGCCAAUUCUGAGAGUCUUGAGGGAGAGGACAGACGAGCAGUGGGGGCCUUGGGGGGCUGGAAAGGUCCAGAAGAAUGGCCGACAGCCUCCCCCCCUCCUGAAGAAACAUCUCCAGGUGAACGAGGAGAAGGUCUCAGCCAUGGGACUGUUACAGGCCCAUGUUGUCCAGCUGACGGAUAGAUGAACUUCCAACGGAUAGAUUCUUUCAUUCUGAUUGUGGGGGUGCCCUCUUCCCAGCCAGCCCCCCCAUCAUAAAUGACCAUCCCAGCUGUGGGGAUGGAAAGCUGCUUUCCCCCCACAGCCGCCCCACGGAGGGGGAUUUUUUAAAAUACCCAACAUCAUGUCUUCGUUCUUUGUUUUCCCAUCUUCCUCAAUGCGGCCCCUAAACUUCUGGGGGAAUCCAGCUUCCCCCACCAUGGGGCAGGAAUCUCAAUCCGUCGAGAAAAGGAAAAAAAACUCUUUGCAACAAGGCUGAGCCUGGAAUGGCCUCUAACGUCUUUCCCCCUUUGUCUUUCAAAAGAAAAAAAAAAAUUCUUCUCCCUUGUCCUUUCUCUGAUUCCUCGCAGGACAAUCAGUCCCGCUGUACUUCUGCUGUAGUCAUCAUUUUGAAUUAAUCUUUUUUUUUCUAAAAGUCCCUAGUCACGCGCCUCAAGUUGACCGCUCCUGCGAAUCGCCCCGUGGCCCGUUUCCUAAUUUCAGCCAUUUCCAUUUUCUCUUUGGCUCCCAAGUGGGGGCUUCCGAAACAUUCGUACAAGGAUUUAUAGAGCGACUGGCAAAAAAAAAUAAAAUUCUCGGGGAAACGUACGUCAUUCCUCCGGAACAAGAGCAGGUGGGAAAAUAUCACUGGGACCCGCAGAUAGUUUCCAAGCGGGUUUGAAUUUCGUAACGUAGAUUUCUUGGUUUCGACACGGUGCGGAAUCCGUAAAAUGAACGUGGUGUCAAAAUUACCUUCUUUGUUAAAACGAUAACUCGAUCUUCCUCCCCAGAAUGGUUCCUCCUCAUAAAACUAAACAACAGGUCUUCAUCGUGGGCUUCUUCUUAAUUUCUUCUAGGGUGAAACUAAUUUUGCUUCCUGAAUUUCCACCUCCCUCCAGCUGUAGUUCUGGAUCCAUUUGAUCUUCCACCCAAACAAAGCAGGAAAAAAAGAAGGGACUUCUUUUCAAAACCAGGAUUCCCACGAUGAUCUCUCAUCGUGCAUGGUUGCUCGUUGCAAAAAUGCAGAAGUCAACCCGCAUGGAGAAUGGCCAACUUUGCACUCGGAAGCGACUUCUGGGGUGAUUUUUGCAUUCCCACCAGAAAUGCAGGAGCGGAAAUCGGUCAGGCCAGACCCCAAAGGAGAAGACAAAUUCUGCUAGUUUGAUCAACCCUCCCCAAUUCCUACGCGGGCUAAAUCAAGGUUUGCAAACUGGGGCUUGCCAAAUGCCCAGGAGCGGUGAUUCGCUUUUGUUCUUCAAAAAGGGGCUCUUUUGUAAGUGUUGAGGUGUUCGUGAAGAUACGGAGCCCCGUUUCCCCCUCUUGACCCCACGUUCAUCAAACUCUCCUCCUCGGCCCUGGAUUUUUUGUCACAAUUCUUCCCAGUAUGGGAAAAGAGCUAUUUUGACUGGUGUCAUUGCAGAAUUUCUGGCAAUUAAAAAGGGGAGGGAAAUGUAUGCCCGCAAUGCCGGGGGCUUGCGUGAACGUUUGGGGGGUUGGCAGAGAUGGGCGAGGCCUGCCGAGGAUCUUUCUCGGAUCCAGAGGCAGCUUUUUGCAAGGGAGGUGGUUAAACCAGCACAGUUUGUUCAGGACGUGGCAAGAACCUGGGUUUGAAAUCAAGCGUGUCUGCUAAAUUUGCUGUCGAGAUGAACGAUCGAUAGCGAUCGCUCCAGAUUGGCCGAGACGAGAUUCCCGUCCGAAAGCCUUCAGCAGUGGACUAUGGCUCCACACACCCCGUUUUUUCAUUUUAAUUAGGCCUCCCCCUUCCCCCCUUCCAAGUGCACAAUGAGGACUAACAUCUUGUUUUUCAGGAGAGAACCACACCAUUGCGUAGAGCUGGCUCACAACUCUUGUGCGAUCCGUGAACUAGGUUUAAACCGACCUAGGGAUGGGCAGAGGGUCUGAUGGGGUAGAAACCUGGCUACAUCCCCCCCCCCCCCCUUUCUUAAGACAUGUUGUUAACUCAAAAAAAAAAAAGUUUUAAUUGUCGGCUUCGGUUGGGGUUUUUAAACUCUUGAACAGAUGUGUAGUGCCAUUCCAAGCCAGUAGAGGGCGCCGU